AUGCCCAAACGAGCCAUCGAAAGCAGACAAACACCAAACAAAGUAGCAGCGGAAAACGUGAUUCACUCAAGCCACGCCAUGUAUGUCAAUGCAGAACCCACGAUGCACCUGAAAUGCCGCCUUCAUGACCGAGAAAAGAAUGGGUUUGAGCAUCAAAAUAACUCAACAUGUUGGAGGUUUCAACGUGGAAUCUUCGUCCUGGCGCUGGUGUUCGCGGCUGGAGUGUCCUACUCCGAACAGGCGAAGCUAGGAAAGAAGGUUGAAGAUGAGCCAGCUAACGAGGAGGCCGCUGUAGACCCGCCGGUGGUUCUUUUUGACGAAUCAGAGAGCGAGGACAGCGAAGGUUCCUCCUCCGCAAGGUCUAAGCGCUCUCUCCUCGGCUCCUACUCUUCAGGCCACAGUCACCAUGAGUCGCAAUCGGGAAGUCCCAGCUUCGCUUCUCCGACCACUGUCUCCGGAGGCAACGGCGCUUCCUUCUCCAGCUUCCAGGGAUUCGGAUCUUCAAGUAACGGACUGGGUUCAUCGCUGGUAGGAUCCAGUGGUGGCUUUGGAAGCUCCCUCGGCUCAGGAUUCGGUUCAUCCCAAGGAUUCAGUGGGUCUUCUGGGAACUUUGGAGCUUCAGGAUUCGGUGGGUCUUCUGGGAGCUUUAGAAGUUCAGGAUUCGGUGGUUCUUCCGGCAGCUUCGGAGCUUCAGGAUUCGGUGGUUCUUCCGGCAGCUUCGGAGCUUCAGGAUUCGGUGGUUCUUCCGGCAGCUUCGGAGCUUCAGGACUCGGUGGUUCCUCCAGCAGCUUUGGAAGUUCAGGAUUUGGCAGUUCUUCCGGCAGCUUUGGCGCCUCAGGAUUCGGCGGCUCGGUCCAACCAGGAAUCCUCGUGGGAUCAGGAAGACUGGUAGGCAUCAGUGGAGCAGGGAGUUCCUUUGGAUCCGGAGCGGCCGGCGUGGGUUCCUCAUUCGGUUCCGGAAGUUCUUUGGGCUCUGGCUCAGUAGGAUUCGGCUCUUCAUUCCAGUCAGGUAAUGGCGCAGGAUUCGGCGGUUCAUUCCAGAAUGGGAAUGGCGCAGGAUUCGGUUCCUCGUUCCAAGCAGGAAAUGGCGCAGGGUUCAGUUCUUCAUUCCAGAAUGGGAAUGGCGCAGGAUUCGGUUCCUCGUUCCAAGCAGGAAAUGGCGCAGGAUUCGGAUCUUCAUUCAGUUCCGGAAGCUCCGUGGGAUCUGGAGGCUUCUCAGGCUUCUCAGGAUCCGGACUGAGCUCUUCCAACGGCGGAGUCGGCGGUUCUUACCUUCCACCCGUCUAA